AUGGCACCGUGCUCAGUGCUAGCUGUUGAUGGGACUUUUGGAGUCAUACCAAGAACUCCUGGGGAUGUUCAACAGUUAGUAACAAUUCAUGUWGUCUUGGAUAAUAUCUUAGUUCCUGUGGUAUAUGCUCUCCUAAAUCGCCGAACAGAGAGUGUAUACAUCAGGCUUURGCAGUUCAUAAAAAUUGAUUUUCCUCAGGGUAUAUUUCACUGGGAAAAUAUAACCAUUAUAGCCRACUUUGAAACAGCCAUGCGCAACGCUGUUYAAAGGGUAAUUCCUGAAUGUCAGAUGGUCGGUUGCUGGUUUCAUUAUAGUCAGGUACUAAUUUGA